UAGUGAUACAAUGACCUUCCUCAGAUGAUGUAGCGGUAAAUGCAAAUGGUCCCUCGGUAAAAGUCAGUGAUGCGCGCGCGACUGUCUGCUUCCAAAUCCACGGUCAGGGGAAGAGACACUGUUUCGUCUCACGCGCAGUUGUAGAUCGUCCAUACUUUCCCUUCUUCACAUCAGGCACCAGCCACAGAUGAACAACGCCAUACGUGGAUUGUCGAGUGCAGUCGAAGAGGGCAAAUGCAAUCAGACAAAAUGCCACAGAAUGCCACAGAAUACGGGAGAUUGUCUCCAUGGGUUGAGAACCAGCCUGCGGCAUAUUUGAUGGCAGCCACAAAGCCCCCCCUCAUACCGAACUUCCCGCGCCAGAUUGGGUGCAGCAAAUCUCCCGCAGAGAGCUCACAUCGAAUCAAAAGAGAGAGUUUGGAAGGAUGGAGCCUGGACCGCGGCCGACAUGGUUCAAGGCGUGACAGGAUGACAGCGGCUCAGCCACACAGCCACAGCUCACCUGCCACAGCUGCCAGAGUCUCUUCUGUGGUCUCUCACAGAAGAGGGGUCAGCACCGUCUCAAGCGGCUGGGUAGCGUUGACCGAGUGUGGCAGGUGUGGCAGAUGUGGCGCAAGCUGUAAUCCGAAGGAGAACAAUGGCUACCAAUGGACGGCUACCCGUUCCCAGAGAGCCACGUUCGGUUUCGCGGCGCUAGGUGGUUCGUUUGGAAAGUCAAAUUUGGAGUCCAAGUCGUCGAUUACUGAACAAGAGACAGCAAGCAGCCACGGACUCUGGUCACUGGACAUCGCGAGAUCUCCGAGUUGCGUCGAAGAUCAAAAGUCUUCCGGGAAAGUGGAUAUCCCGUGUUGCUUCGCUGUCCACCGCCACUGGAUUGUGGCAGACCGACGGACAAAGAGGGGAAGAGAUCGGCGGAUCACAAGCUUCGGAAUUGCUACGGGCCCCUCGUUCGCUGAUCGAUGCCUCGAGAGCUGUUGCCCUCGUGUGGUGCUUGGGUGGCUUUCGCGAGAGACGAGGCCAAGCGCGAGAGGCGCCGUUUGAGCGAACGUCCUUGACGGUUGAAAGUGGAGUCUCCUUUUAGCUCCAUGACGAACGCUUGCACUCUUUGACGUCUCGUC